ACCCAAAGUGAAAAGAAAAUGGAUAGUUUUCCUUAAAGAUCUUUGUUGUUUUGCUGGCUUCUGAAGAUACACAGAGUUUCUUCAGAUCCGAAGAAAAAGGAUUUUUUGUGGCGAAAUUUGGCGGUAGGAAGAGGUGUUUUUUUUUUUUUGUGUUUUGUGUUUUGUUUUGAGAGUGUGAUUGUGUGAGUUUUGUAGCAGAUCUUUUUUGUGUGUGAUUUUGAAGAAGCUGUUUGAAGCUAUAGAAACAAAGAUUGUGUGGGAUUGUUUGUUUUUGUGACUCUCGGUGAAUUUGAAAAAAAACAAACAAAGAGUGCGUAAAAAACUGUGUAUUUUUUUUUUACUUGUUAGUCUCCGAGUCCAAGCGAGAAUAGUCUAACUGUGAUUUCUUUUGGUGGUGGAGGUGGAAGCUGCGUACAAAUUUAGUAUAUGAUUAUUUUGUGUUAGGGUUUUUUUUUUUUUUUUUUUUUUUUUUGGUUUCUAAAAUGGUGGCUACAGAGUUGAAAAGCACUGAAUUCAGAGAAAAAUGAAGUUGAGAUUCUGUAGAAAUUGCUGCUUUCAGUUUUCGGAUUCGGUUCGAAUCCAAUUCUGAUUAUGCGUCUCCUCUGGUCUUUCAAGAAGAAGAUUCCGAAUACUUCUUUUUCUGAUUCACUGUGGCCAAGUGGCUUUUACAAGAGAGUUUAAACUUUUUGAUUAAAAUCGGUUGAAUUUUGAAUAAUGAUCACAUUUAUGGAUUCGAAAGAGAAGUUGAAGGAAGUGGAUAAAUGCUUAGAUCCUCAGCUAUGGCACGCCUGUGCUGGCGGCAUGGUUCAAAUGCCUAGCGUGAGCGCCAAGGUUUUUUACUUCCCACAAGGCCACGCCGAGCACGCUUGCGGCGCCGUCGAUUUCCGCAGCUGCCCCGGCGGGCUUCCUCCUUACGUGCUGUGCAGAGUUUCGGCUAUCAAGUUCAUGGCUGAUCCUGACACCGACGAGGUCUUCGCGAAGCUUAGACUCGUUCCGGUGAGUGGCAAUGAUCAGGAGUUUGAUGAUAAUGGAAUUAUUGGAGGAGGAAUGAACGGUUCGGAGCCGCAGGAGAAACCGGCUUCGUUUGCGAAGACUUUGACGCAAUCGGAUGCAAACAACGGUGGGGGGUUCUCUGUUCCGAGGUACUGUGCGGAGACGAUUUUUCCGAGGCUGGAUUACUCGGCUGAUCCGCCCGUGCAAACCAUUUUGGCUAAGGAUGUUCAUGGGGUUACCUGGAAGUUUAGGCAUAUUUAUAGAGGGACGCCUCGGCGGCAUUUGUUGACUACCGGGUGGAGUACUUUUGUGAACCAUAAGAAGCUCGUGGCGGGGGAUUCAAUCGUGUUUUUGAGGGCGGAGAAUGGGGAUCUUUGCGUGGGGAUUCGGAGGGCGAAGAGGGGAAUUGGGGGUGGGCCGGAGUCGGCUUCUGGGUGGAAUCCGGCGGGUGGGAAUUGUGCUGUGCCGUAUGGGGGGUUUUCGGCUUUUUUGAGAGAUGAUGAGAGCAAAUUAAUGAGAAAUGGGGGUAAUGGGAGCUCAAUUGGGAUUGGGAAUGGGAAUGGGAAUGGAAAUGGUGGUGUGAUGGGGAAAGGGAAAGUGAGGGCUGAAUCGGUUAUUGAAGCAGCAACACUUGCUGCUAAUGGGCAGCCAUUUGAGGUUGUUUACUAUCCUCGUGCCAGCACGCCGGAGUUUUGCGUGAAGGCUGCGAUGGUUAAAGCAGCAUUUCAGAUCCGGUGGUGUUCGGGAAUGAGGUUCAAGAUGGCUUUUGAAACCGAGGAUUCAUCACGGAUUAGUUGGUUCAUGGGAACCAUUUCUUCUGCUCAGGUUGCUGAUCCCAUCCGCUGGCCUGAUUCACCUUGGAGGCUUCUACAGGUUACAUGGGAUGAACCAGAUUUACUUCAAAAUGUGAAACGCGUAAGUCCAUGGCUGGUGGAAUUGGUAGCAAACAUGCCCACGAUGCAUUUGCCCUUCUCACCACCACGGAAGAAGUUGAGAAUGCCACAACACCCAGAGUUCCCCCUCGAUGGUCAACUUCAAAUGCCGACAUUUUCCGGCAACCUCCUUGGGCCCAACAACCCCUUUAGUUGUCUACCUCAUGACAACACUCCUGCUGGCAUGCAGGGAGCCAGGCAUGCUCAUUAUGGUCUAUCUUUAUCAGAUCUCCACCUCAAUAAACUGCAGUCAAGUCUUUUUCCGGCUGGUUUCCCGCCACUUGAUCAUGCUGCCACACCCCCUAGGGCCCAAAAAAUUUCAAUGUUUCAAAAGCCUAGCAUGAGUGAGAAUGCUUCUAAUGUUUCUUGCUUGCUAACUAUGGCACAUUCUACACAGACAUCAAAGAAACGUGAUGAUGUCAAGACACCGCAGUUUGUACUUUUUGGUCAACCGAUACUUACAGAGCAGCAGAUCUCUUUGAGCUGUUCUGGCGACACAGUCUCACCAGUUCGUACUGGAAAUAGUUCAUCAGAUGGGAAUGCUGAUAAAUUGACAAAUUUUUCCGAUGGUUCUGGAUCUGUACUUCAUCAACAAGGCAUACCCGAGCGCUUAUCCUGUGAAGGCUUCCAAUGGUAUAAGUAUAAUCGCCAAGAAAACGACCACAAUUUGGACACUGGUCACUGUAAAGUCUUCAUGGAAUCGGAGGAUGUAGGUCGAAGUCUUGAUCUUUCAUUGCUUGGGUCUUAUGAAGAAUUGCAUAGAAAACUAGCUGACAUGUUUGGCAUAGAGAAUUCUGAGGCACUGAGCCAUGUGCUCUACCGGGAUGUUACAGGUGCAGUCAAGCACAUUGGUGAUGAACCAUUCAGUGACUUCAUGAAAACAGCAAGGAGGUUGACAAUUCUAAUGGAUUCAAGCAGCGACAAUGUAAGAAAGUAGAGAAAGCAGUAAAUCUUUGUUCCAAUUGUACAGCUGGUUGAUCACACCCCUUGUUCAUGUGCUGACCUUUUAUCCUUCUUGAAGUUGUGGGAGCCGGGCUGAUCCAUUUUUUGGUUUUGUCAAGCUUGACCGCUCCAGAUUUAUGUUUUUCUUCAAUUUUUCAAAGAUGGAGGAAUCUUUGGAUUUUGAAACUUUCUUUCAAUUGUCAUAGAUUCGGAAUUUUUGUUAAUAUUGUUUCUUUAGAUUUCUUUCUCCUUCCUUUCUUUUUGGUUUUCACAAAUCCUACAAUUAGUAGCGGUUUGUAGGCAUUGUCUGAGUCUUUUGAGAUUGUCAUUGAAAAAUUGUUUUGAGAAUGGAAUGUAUCCUAGUCUUUCUCACCUUUUGAGAAUAUGCCAAUGAAAAAUUUGUAUUGAGCA